AUGGGCUCUCUUGAGUGUUGUCCGUCGCUGGAUGAUGGUACGGCGGUGUUGUCGCUGAAUUCGCUACCGUUAGGGUUCCGAUUCCGACCUACCGACGAGGAGCUUAUCGAUUACUAUCUACGUUCGAAGAUCAAUGGAAAUGGUGAAGAGGUUUGGGUUAUCCGAGAAAUUGAUGUCUGCAAAUGGGAACCCUGGGAUAUGCCUGAUUUGUCAGUGAUACGAAACAAGGAUCCGGAGUGGUUCUUCUUCUGUCCUCAGGAUCGGAAGUAUCCGAAUGGACAUAGAUUGAACAGAGCAACAACUCAUGGAUAUUGGAAGGCAACAGGCAAGGAUCGGAAAAUCAAGUCUGGAACCCUCUUGAUUGGGAUGAAGAAGACUUUAGUUUUCUACAGCGGCCGUGCACCUAAAGGUAAGAGGACUAAUUGGGUUAUGCAUGAGUAUCGUCCCACCCUGCAGGAGCUUGAUGGUACCAACCCAGGACAGAGUCCAUAUGUUCUAUGUCGAUUAUUUAAGAAAAACGAUGAGAGCGUUGAAGCAUCGAACUGUGGAGAAGUGGAGCAGACUAAUUCAGCCCCUAUGGCUGCCAAUUACUCUCCAGAAGAAAUACAAUCUACUCCAGCUCCUAUUACAGCUUCCACCUCACAGGUCACAGAGGAGGAAAAGCAGCUGGCUGUUAUCCCCGAUAUCUCUGAGGAAACAAUAUCCAAGGCUAUAACCUUAGUUGAUUGCCCUAGUGAUGGAUAUUAUGCCCAUGAUGUCCAAAAACAAAUUGAAAAACUAGCUGCAGAGGAGGAUCAUGCGUUGAACUUUGACAUAUAUUAUAACUCGAAAGAUUGUCUAUUAUUAGAUGACAGGAUAUUCUCGCCAGUUUAUAUGCCACCUGAAUUUGAUUAUCAAGCAAACAGUGAAUCAGACGGUCAAUGUGGGUUUCAAUAUGGUACCAAUGAGUUAAAUAUUUCAGACUUUUUAGAUUCAAAUCUUAAUUGGGAUCAAGUUCCCUGUGAGGAGUCUAGUAGUUACCAGCAGAAUUUCCCUCGCUUGUUAAGCGUUAAGGACAAUGGUUCAGGAAGUGACUCAGACGCAGAAGUUGCCAAUAUGAUGACUUGUACGCAAGCUGCUUAUCCUCCCGAGGCUACUUUUCCUUCCAAUGUUAAUUCUGGUGAAGUAUACAACAUCAAUGCAUAUGAUCAACCUAGAAACUAUAAUAAUACAUUUACAAGUGGUGAAAGUGGAAUCAUCCGAAGGGCCCGGCCGGCACGAGACGAACAAUUUAAGCCAAAUUUCAAUCAAGGUAAUGCUGAAAGGAGAAUUCGUUUGUCAGAUCCUAGACAUGGCUCAAAAGGGAGUAGUACAAAAGAACAGCGUAGUUCAAAACCAAUCAUUGAAGUGGAGAAGAAAGCUGCAGAAAAUCAUGCUGCCGAUGAUGAAAGUUCUACCGGAACUAAUCACACAUAUAAAAAGAGGAAGGCAUCCAAGUCAGUUAUCACCAGAAAUAUUUCUUUAUUGCUAGGAAGGGCGCGGGCGCCUUUCAGAUCAAAGACUUCCUCCAACUGUGCCUUGUGGUCUUCCGUUUUUGUAGUUUCUGCCUCUGUACUGGUUUCAUUAGUAGCUUUUACUAACAUACGGGGAUGUAUUAAAUUUUGA